AUGGCGACCAGCAUCCCCUUGGAUCGCAUCAACGCGUCGACUUCUGAUCUUGAACAGGCCGAGUCCCCAUAUGCCCAAGAGCCUGGCCAAUCUGUCGCUCCGACGCCAGUCCGCAGUGCCAGCCCGUCGCCUCCCAUUCCAGACGACGAACGCGAAGUGCAGUCCCUCCCUCCUGCCGAUCGCGGACGGGAUGCAUGGCUAUUCUUACUGGGAGCGACCAUUAUUGAGACCACCGUAUGGGGGUUGCUCAAUGCAGUUGGUAUCCUUCAAAAUUACUGGAGUACGGAGCGUUUCCCGGGCGAUGAAGCGACCGUCACUCUCGCGACUUCGUUGAUGAACGGUCUCUCAUACAUGAGCGCUGGCUUCUUUGGACCUCUCUUUGCAGCAUUCCCCCAUCAAACCAAGAUCAUACAGAUCGCGGGCCUGGUUGUCUCGACGAUCGGGCUCAUCGCGUCGGCAUUUGUGUCGAACCCGUCGCAGCUCAUUGGAACAGUCGGCAUCAUGUUCCCAUUCAGUGCAGCACUGUACUUGCCGUGUGCGACCAUGAUCUACGAGUGGUUUUACGAGUACCGGGGUCGAGCCACCGGCAUCAUGUUUGCUGGUACUGGUGUUGGGGGCACCGUUUUCCCCGAUCCUUCUUGA